CAAAAUUCAAAGCCGCGAAGAUUGCGCUUCCUCCAUUUGGACACAUGCCCGCGGCGACGGGAAAGGUUCCAGCAGUGCUCCUGCGGCCACCCGCUGGCAUUGACGCCCAGCAUCCCAUCAAUGCGUUGGCUACUCAUGGAGAUCCAAGCGGUGAACUGACUGCACCUGCCAAGUUUUGGGUCCAGCACUCGCUGUAUCCGACACUGAAGAAAGCGUGUGGAACGAAGGAUGCACCUGGUAUCCGCAAACAAAAUGCAUCCCGCGUGCUCUCGGAGCUUCGCCAAGCGCGUUCCGUCGUGGAAACGCAGUUGGAAGACUUUCAUCGGGGCCUGCUUGACUUGGAUGCUUGGCUCACAAACGUCUCGCCGCCGGUGCAAUUGGUCGGCGGCGAUGGCGGCGGCAGUGCCAGUACCACAGACGAAGUUAGGGAGAGGCGAAAGAAAAAACGACGGAGGAAGGUCAACGCUUCAUCAUCCGAACUUCCAGGAGAGACCGCUGUCGACCUGGCGCCAUCGUUCGACGUGGAUGCCAUGGACAUGGAUGCACCUUGCACCACCUCUGAAUGUUGGCAGUACCUACGUGCAUCCUCGUUCUUCGCACCAGUCACACAGGACGUCGUCGAGCACAUAUUAGCGCCGCUCCCGACGACACUUUUCACACAACCCGACGAGUGUAUCGACGAUGGCAUUGCAUGUCCCACCUACGACGAUCCAUCUUGCACACGAGCAUGUUCCUUGUCCGAGAAACUCUUGGCCGCACUCGUCGACAUCCAUGGACCGUCCCCCACAACCUCCGCCCCCGACGAAGGCGACGAUGAAGGUGACGGCGUCCGUCCUUCCCACGACAAGCACCCCCUCGGUGGUUCCCACGACGCUCCGCCUUCGUACCCUGCGACCGACGACGUGCCGUCCACGUCCAAACUUCAACACGAACUGGCCCUCGUCGGCCUCGUUCGUCCGCCUCCUCCGUCCGUCCAUCCACCUCCGUCCUCCGGUCAUGACACUGGUGACGUCGCCGCCGUGUUUGGCGGAGCUCCAGACGUCGAGAGUCGGCUUGCCCAAGCGACGAAAGCGUGCCUCGCGCUGCAUGCAUCCACCAACGCCAUCAAAGCUUCCCUUCGAGACCGCAUCUAUCUUUGCCAUCAUCCGCGCAUCGACCACAAGGCGACGACCCGCGACGACCACGCCCACGUAGUGACGCAGUAUCGCAAGUUGAGCAAACGCAAGGCGGACGACGCCCGACGUAAACUCCGACGGACCGCCAAAGCUACGUCCGCUAGGAAGCAGCAGCAGCAGCACCUCCUUCAAUCGUCCUCUGCACGCCGCCAACAACCUCUAGACCACCGCCCCCCAUCCGGACACCCCCCCGACCAACUCGACCCACCAGCAUCAGUCUCAAUAACCUAACGAUAUGUACCUGUGACGUCGCAAUCCCUG